GUAUUUCUUCAAAUUUGAUUUCUAAGUAAUUCGAUGCUUAUAACAUUUUAAAGAAAGGAUUGUUGUCAUGGCAAUGGACCUUGAUGGAUGAUUAUGCUGAAGUUUCUAAUUAUUCUCCAAUAUUGGUAUUUCUAAGAUAUCAUUUGAAUUUCACAGAACUGUUUACAAAGUGAAUAGAACAUUCAUAACCAUUGAGAGCCGUGGUUACUCGUUGCAACAGACUUUCGUUCUGGCCUACAUUCAAAAUUUGAUUCUAAAUACAAGACUCAGUCUACACACCAGGAUGUCUAUGGAUAGCUUCUAUACUCAUUUAUUUAACCGUUACUUCUCUAGAAAGUCUGAAACUGAAAGGGAUGAUGACCACCUGAGCCCUGCCACACGACUCUUGGAGAAGCGACGUGAAUUGUCAGAGGUGGAACAGGCCUUAGCUGAAAAGAAGGAGGAGUUCCUGAUAAAGAUGGAAAGUAUACAACAAAGGAGAGAGGAAUUGGAGAAAAAAGAAUUCCAACUGAAAGAAUCGUUGCUCAAAUUUGACAAAUUCUUAAAGGAGAAUGACUCUAAGAGGGCUAGGGCUGUCAAGAAGGCAAAUGAUGAGAGGGACCUCAAACGAGUAAAAGACAUUGAGAUUAGCAAGGUACGUGCAGAGACAGGCGUAUUUGCUAGCCAGAAACAAAAGCUACAUGACAGACUAGAAAAGCAUGCUAUGUUUCAUAAAUACCUAGAGAAGAUUUUGGAAUCAGCGGGCGAAUUUCAUGAAAUCCGGGAAGUUAUAGGCAGAUAUGAUACACUUGUCUCAACACAAAAGGACCUCAUUGAAAAAAGUCAUGCGGACCAGGAUUUAAUAGAAGACCAAAAACAGAAGUUUUCACGCUUUUUGGAGAAAAAACGCUAUGAGAUUCUAGGCUUCAAUAACAAACUGUCGGGUCUACAAACACGAUUAGACAAAGCACAAAUUGAGUCAGAGAAAUGGGAAUCACUGUUUACACACAUCAAAAAUACAGCUGCCAAGAGAACUUUACUCCUAGGCAGAAUAAAAAUGGCAUCAUAUAAUUUAUAUCAAGUUGUAAAUAGGCAAGAGAAAGACACUAGUGCACAUUCUGAAGAUACUGCUGAACAGUUGCAGAAAAUCCAGAUUUUCAUCCAGGAUCUCUCACAGAUUACUUCAGAUAUCAAAAAAUCAGAGCAUGCUGGGACAUCAGAUACUGGUGGUGCAUCUAGUUGAUAGAGGGCGCUGUAGUAUAGACUUUUACUCAACUGACAUCUAUCUAUCAACACAAAAUUCAUUUGAACUUUCCCAAAAAUGUGGCAUUUAUAUUGUUGAAUAUAGAAAUGGAAUAAAAAAACUAUAUAAAGGUA